CAUCGAGAACGCUUCGGAGCCCCCGAACGCGCUCCCACCCAAUACUUAGGGCAUUCGAUGAUUACGCGCUACACUGAUUAUUUAUACUUACGAAACUCAAAUUAAGAAUACACCGGUCAAUACAUAACUUAGUACCAUAAAGGACUGUGAAUAAGUUUGUGUUUUUGUGCUUGAGAAGGUUUUGUGCAUCAUAUCGCUUUAUGCCGUCGCUCCACGCUCUGGGUUAGCGGAUGUCGUAGACUCCGUGGCAGUAUCUGCGUGGCAGCGUCGUGGUAGAGCGUGGCAGCGGUGGUAGCGCUGUGGUAGCGCGGUAAUUGCGCGGUGGUAGAGGGCGAGCGGGCUGGCAGGCGGCGCGGUGGCGCUGCACGGGGGCUGGGGGCGCGCGCCGGCGCCCGCGCACGCCGCCACGCUGGUCGGCGGGCUGGUGCCGCCGCGGGAACCCACCACGGCGGCAGAGGCCUUCUGGAAAAUGCCGCAUAAAGGUGUAUUUGUAGACGAGCUGAUGCACAGCGCGGCGAUGGGGAGCGGGGCGCUGUUCGGCUGCUCGUCCGCCGGCCACAGCGGCAUCAACCAGCUCGGCGGGGUUUACGUUAACGGCCGACCGCUGCCCGACUCCACGCGGCAGAAGAUUGUCGAGCUGGCGCACUCUGGCGCGCGUCCCUGCGACAUCAGUCGCAUCCUGCAGGUCUCCAAUGGAUGCGUCUCCAAGAUACUCGGCAGCUUCGCACGCAGAUAUUACGAGACGGGGUCGAUAAAGCCCCGCGCUAUCGGGGGGUCUAAGCCGCGGGUGGCGACGACGCCGGUGGUGCAGAAGAUCGCCGACUACAAGCGCGAGUGUCCCUCAAUCUUCGCCUGGGAGAUCAGGGACCGCCUGCUCAGCGAGAACGUGUGCAAUAACGACAACAUACCAAGCGUGUCAUCAAUAAACCGAGUAUUACGGAACCUCGCGUCGCAGAAGGAGCAAGCUGCGUCCGCGCAGAACGACAGUGUUUACGAGAAGCUGAGGAUGUUCAACGGACAGGCGGCGAGUGGCUGGUGGUACCCUGGUCUUCCGGCACCCGCGCCUGCGAUACCCCCGCCACUACCGCCGCAACUCAACAGGACAACAGAAGAACAUAAACGAGUGGAACCACUGCAAUCCGAAGCGGGAUCUGACGGCAACAGCGAGCACGCGUCCUCCGGCGACGAGGACUCGCAAAUGCGGCUGCGGUUGAAGCGCAAACUGCAACGCAACCGGACCUCAUUUACCAACGACCAGAUAGACAGCUUGGAGAAAGAAUUCGAACGAACGCAUUACCCUGACGUGUUCGCGCGGGAGAGGCUCGCUGAAAAGAUCGGAUUGCCUGAGGCACGUAUCCAGGUGUGGUUUUCGAACCGUCGUGCGAAGUGGCGGCGGGAGGAGAAGCUUCGCAGUCAGCGGCGAGAGGCGCCGGCCGCCUCUCCCCCCGCCCCGCCCGCACCGCGCCUGCCUCUCAACGGGGGGUUCAACUCCAUGUACAGCCCCAUACCGCAGCCCAUCGCCACCAUGAGCGACACCUAUAGUUCGAUGUCGGGCGGGCUAUCAUCGUCGUGCCUGCAGCAGCGCGACGGCGGCUACCCGUACAUGUUCGGCGACGUGCUCGGCGGCGGAUACUCGCGAGCGCCCGCCGCGCACCAACAGCACGCCGGCUACUCGCAGCCACAGCCCGCCGCUAGCACUGGUGUGAUAUCGGCGGGCGUGAGCGUGCCCGUGCAGAUCCCGUCACAAGGUCCGGACCUCGCAUCGAACUACUGGGGACGGCUUCAGUGAUCUCAGCUAUUCGGGUUCCCGCAUCGACUUCUCUCGAUGCCUGAGAACCCGACCAACGUACCGGAGUCUCCAUCUAGCGGAGAGAUAGCGCACAACUACGCCGACUCCCACUUGUCUAUGACCGCCGCGCUCAACAUGACGGCCGGACACGACGCCGGCGCCGCCCUGGCGGGAGACUUGCAGCACGAACAAAACUCCGUCUCGUAAGUGUUUCAGACUCUCUACAAAGUUAUUACAUGCAAUAUAAACCCAGUGAUUUCUUUUCUCUCAACGUUUAAAUGGUGCAAGUUAUUGUUUUGUACAAUUGGUUACAAAUCUAUGAAAAUACCAGUUAUUUGUAAGAAGCAACUGAUGAUGUUCAAACCUAGCAAUAAGUGUCAUAAAAUCAUGUACAAGGAAACAUGUUGCGUACAGCCAUAUUACAUUUAUACGUUUCUGAUAAUUAUUUGCUUACAAAAAUGUAAAUAAAACGAUCAGCUGCAUAUUUCCUUGUGCACGGUGAAUAGAUUUAAAAUACUAUAGCGUUUGUAAAUAUAGCUAAGCGCCAUCUAUUGUUGAGUAGGAAAAGUUUCCUUAGUGACCGAUGUUCCCGGAGAGAAAAUAAAUGUAAAUCGUUUGUGCCAACUUUUAUAAUGAGUGUUAUACACCCUUAGUGAGAACAACCCUUUUAUUUCUUUGAUCUAUGCAAUAGGGGUGAGAAAUAUUAAUGCUACAGAGGAAAUGGUUGCAAUAAGCUUCGUUACGGUGUUUUGUUGGGCGACAUCGCGUCCCUUCAAACUGUCACUCUACAUCUUUGUACUCUUGUAUAAUAUUGUUCUAAUCGAUGUUGUAUUUGCAAUUGCAAUUUUACUAUGGCACAUAUUACUUUCGAUAUUUAAUUUAUGUUAUUUAUUUCUUAUAAAUACUAAAGAGAUCAAUAUUGCUGUGAUUUGGUAGUUAGAUAUUAUUUUUACUGAUGAUAUUCAAAUGAGGUAAAAUAAGGUUUGUAAAUAUAUUUACUUUGGAUAUAGAAAAUGAUCAUUUAUUUCGAGAAUUGUAAAAAAAAUUGUAAAUUUGUCAAAUAGAUUUGUUUGAUCUAUGCACUGACCUCUAUAGAUAUGGACAGGCUGUUGCUUGGAAGAAAGCUUUUACUUUGUUCUAACUUAAAAGUGGUUAGUUAAUGUUACUGACAAGCAAUUCUAUGUCUAUAGACCGACAUGGAUACUGACCCGAUGGGCAUAGGUCUAACUAAAUUAUGAUAGCUCACUAGCGCCCUCUUGUCAAAGUCAAAGUUCCUUUUCGUACUGUGGCUGUCAUGUCAUGAUUUUUCUUUUAUUGCCAUUUUUAUGGCCACGUUUCACGUAUUUUCUGACAGAAAUAAGCUCAUUAGCAGCACCUUUCGCAACAUGCCAGAUAUCCUUGUCUUUUAAAUCGAACUUUCACCACCGCAAAAAAUUGCGAAAAUCAAAUCGGCACAAAAUAUCACUGUAUAUAGCCUGUCCAUGUUAUAGAGGUCAGUGGAUCUGUUUAUGAAUGCUGGUUUCACAGCAUAAUUGUACAACUGCAAUGGAAUGCAAUACGAGAGACGUAGAACUGUAUGUAAUUUAAGUGUAAAAUAAAUUAUUAAUCAAAUGUAAUAUAGAUUGAGGAGAUUACAGUGAAAAUUAUUAAUAAAUAUUGCAUUAACCAUAAUAUCUUUUUUUAUUCUCCUAUAAAACACAAAAACAUUCCUUCGGAGUUUAUUAAUCGAAGUAUAAAAGGGGAAUUAUAAAGGAUUCUCGCUAAAUUCACCAUACCACUAAUUCAUAACUGAAUCUGACAGAAAUGAACACUCGACUGUAUCUAAAUACAACAAUAGGGCAAUGAAGGGAAUAUUAUUAUUCCUUGUCAACAGAUGGCGUGACGGAAUAUGCAACUUUAUUGCACAAUUCUUGGACCCUAAAUUUAUUUGCCAGUUAAAGUUAUUCCGUUAAGUAUAUUUUGGGCGGUACAUAUUAAUUUUGCGUGUUAGCUUAAUACGAACGCUGUUUUGUAGGCGGAUAUCGCACACAAAUGCAGUUACCCCUAGUUCUAACGCGAGGGUGGUACACAAUGGGAUGGGAUUAAGUGUGUUGUAGGCAUUAUACUGAUCUAAACUUUGUCGGGGACACGAAAUGUUGUACAGGAUGAUUCAUUUUCUUAAUAAAAAUACCUACACACUAGAUAAGAGACAAAAAAAUGCAAAAAUUAAAAACAAAACAUCCAAAUUGUUGAACUAUUUUUCAAGAAAAUAUACUAGGCGCUUACUACAAUCGAAAGAUCCAUACACACAAAAAAGGAGAACUGUCAAACAAUUUUAAAAUCCUCUAAGAUCUAAACUUGUCUAUGGUUUAUUCAUUAUUUAAAACAUCCUGUACACUAAAGUAUUACACAAUACAAAGAAUUCUAUCUUAAACAGACAAAUAUUGAGUACAAAACUUCCCUUCUUAGCAAUUGUGUUGAUUAUCGACGCUUAUAAUUGGCUUAGAUCGUGUCCCCCUCGCGAUGCGUUUGAUUUCAAUUCGUUAAUCUUCAUCACAAUUGCUUCUAUCUAUAAACACAAUGGUCAGUAACAGAUGUACUGUAAAAUAGAUUAUAUCAAUUCAAUUUAAAUAAAUUUAUUUUUAAAUAUAAAUCAUAUUAUUUAGUC